ACCUUACUACUUUACAAAAAUUAGGAUAUUGUCAUAAAGAUUUUCAUAGUGGAAAUAUAUUGCAAGAUAAAGAAUUUUCUUUUGUUUCAGAUUUUGGAUUUACAGGACCAGCAGAUAAGCAAAAUUCGAAUGACAAAAUAUAUGGGGUAUUACCAUAUAUCGCUCCAGAAGUCUUGAAUGGAGGAUCAUAUACUUUAGCUUCUGACAUCUACAGUUUUGGUGUGAUUAUGGCUGAAUUAUCAACUGGAAAUCCUCCCUUUUAUGAUAGAAAACAUGAUGUGUCUUUAGCCUUAGAUAUUU